AUCUUUAAAAAUGUCCUGUAGUGAGCGGUUGCAGUACUUCCUCCUCUCCUUUAGAUGUCGCUAGUGGUUCAAGCAAACUUGCUGCUCACUUCUCUUGAUCAGAUUCUUUUCUCGCAGCACGGAAGUUGUAUAACAUCACAGAGAAGCGGGAGGAAACAUGGUGAAUCUCGGUCUGACCAGAGUGGACGACGCGCUGGCCGCUAAACAUCCGGGUUUAGAGACGUAUGCUGCCUGUCAGUCUGGCGCCUUCAUGAAGGGAACUGGGACCUUUAUACUGGGUGCUGCUGGUUUAAUUGCCGUUCAAAAGGCUAUACAGAGGAAACUUCCUUAUCCUCUUCAGUGGAGCCUGCUCAUUUCAAUAGUGGCCUCCUCAGUUGGCAGUUAUGCUGUGACUCGCUGGGAAUCACAGAAAUGCUCAGAUCUCUGGCUGCUGCUGGAAACAGGAAAAAUCCCGGACAGAUCCCCACCACAGCUGCCUAAACCGGAGGAACCGAAGGGACCCGGGAAGACAAAAUAUGGCGACGUAAUAGAUUGAACAUGAUCAUAAAUAAAAACAUAUUUAUACUGUAUAUAACUGAUGAAGAAAUAUCUUAUGCAUAGUUGUCUGAUGAUAAUGGCUGAAUAAAAGAACUACUUGAUGAGG